AUGGAUAUGUUCAUAUUCGCCCUUGUGUUUUUAAUAUUUGUAUGCUUUAUCCUACAUCUAUAUACGCGACAAGUUGAACCACAAAUCAAAGAUCCUCAAUAUCGAGUUCUUCAACAGAUUUUUCUAAUUGUUUAUCUAUUAGCACUUUCUGGUGAUUGGGUUCAAGGUCCUCAUGUUUAUGCUUUAUAUGAAAGUUAUGGAAUUCUAAAGCAUGAGAUUGAAAUACUUUUUAUUGCUGGAUUUGGAUCGUCAAUGAUAUUUGGUACAAUAAUAGCUUCAUUAGCUGAUAAAUACGGACGACGUAACACAUGUUUAUUAUAUGGAAUACUUUACGGAGUAUCAUGUAUAACAAAGCAUUUUCCAAGUUUUCAAGUAUUGUUUAUUGGGCGAAUACUUGCUGGUAUGGCAACAUCAAUUUUAUUUAGUGCCUUUGAAUCGUGGCUAGUUAGUGAACAUCAACGAAGAGGUUUAGAAUCUAAAACAUUAGAAACAAUAUUUGGAAAUGCUUAUUUUGGAAAUUCAGUUGUGGCUAUACUGUCCGGAGUUAUAGCUCAGAUUGCUGCAAAUACUUUUGGAUAUGUGGCUCCAUUUGAUACAGCAAUAAUUAUAUUUGUUGCUAUGUGUUUUCUUGUGGUAACAACUUGGUCAGAAAAUCAUGGAGAUGCUCAUGCACCUAUUUCUCAAUCAUUUCGAUCAGCUUGGGUAUCGAUUAAGUCAGAUCGAAAAAUAUUUCUCUUGGGUAUUGUACAAGCACUUUUUGAAGCAUCUAUGUAUGUAUUUGUACUUGAAUGGACACCGGCGUUAACUGGAGCAUUGGAUCAAGAAUUUAUUGAUAAAACCGACAGUAAAAAUCCGCCGAUUCCACAUGGAUAUGUUUUUGCAACUUAUAUGGUAGCAAUGAUGAUGGGAUCGAAUUUCUUCAAGGUACUUUGUAAUUAUGCCGCUCCAGAGUCAUUUAUGAGAUACAUUGUUAUCAUUGCGGCAGUAUGCUUGAGUGUACCUGUUUUCUUACCACGAGCUCAAGUGACCAUGUUUUCUUCAUUUUUAGUCUUUGAAUUUUGCAUUGGUGUCUUUUGGCCUGCUAUGGCAACCAUGCGCAGUAAAUAUAUUCCUGAAGAAGCUCGUGCAACUGUUAUGAAUUAUUUUCGCAUUCCAUUGAAUUUCAUUGUUGUUGUGAUACUUCUUAAAGAUUUCGAGUUGAAAGUUAUCUUUACGAGUUGUGUCUUUUUUCUUUGCCUAUCUGCUAUAGCUAUGUUUUUAUUACACAAAGAAUCAUUGAACAGUAUCCAUUCAUUGGCUCCUAUCAAUAAACUAUCAACCGAACAAGAAGAACAAAUGCUACAUUUGAAUGCAUCAGCCGGUGACAAUGCAAAUGACAAUGUCUAA